AACACCACCGGAAGUCGUUCUGUUAACCUGCUAAUGUGAAUCAUGUUUGGUUAGCCUUCCUAGCAAACAGAUUUCGACUGGUAAACAUAUUUCCUGACUGUUAUGUGUGGGUUAUUGUAUGCUGGGGAACCUCUUUCCUCCAGAGGAUGCGUUACAAGCAAAGCAGAUCUGUAAACACAAUCCAUGCGGGUCAUCUGAGGAACAGAAACAUAAAACGGUUCAGACGCCACUCCUAGUACAGGGGGAGGAUGGCUCACCGACAAACCCCUCCUGACAUGUCCCAGAAGACCGAGCACCUGGAGUCUGAUAGUGAUUCAGACAGAGACUCCGGUGUUGGGGACGAUGCAGUCGACGAAGCUGAGAGUUGCCAUAUAUACACUGCAACUGAAGUAGAAGAGGUCAAGAAGGCAGGUGGCAUGGAAGAAAAUAGUGUGAAGGAUGAAGACUCCACAAUAUUUGUUGCUUUUCAAGGGAACAUGAACGACGAGGACUUCACUCAAAAACUUGACUCGGUUCUCAGCGGGAUACCCAACAUGCUUAACCUUGGCUCUGAAAGGCUGCAGCCACAAUGUGUAGAGCCAUGGAACAGUGUCCGUGUUACCUUCAACAUUCCCAGAGAUGCUGCAGAACGUCUCAGACUGUUGGCCCAGAACAACCAGCAGCAGCUCAGAGACCUGGGCAUUCUCUCUGUGCAAAUAGAAGGCGAGGGAGCAAUCAAUGUGGCUGUUGGACCAAACAGAGGACAAGAAGUUAGGGUGAAUGGACCAAUUGGUGCACCUGGUCAGAUGAGAAUGGAUGGUGGCUUUCCAGGUCAGCCUGGUCCAGGAGGGGUAAGGAUGCCCGAUCCGUCAAUGGUUCCACGUGGGCCUGGCAUGGUGGGUCAGCCUAUGUUACCUGGCAGCAGUGCACAGAUCCAUGCUCGUGUGCAGAGACCACCUCUACAAACAGGUUUAGAUGUGAUGGAUCCAAUGAUGCCAGUUAUGUCAGUUCAGCAGCAGCAACAACUUCAGCACCAACAGGGUGCUCCACAUGCUUCAGGCGCCAUGUCUGCUCAAGCUGCACAUCACAUGCAGGCUCUGCAGGUAGGGAGACCACACAACCCAGCUGCACUACAACAGCAUCACCAACAGCAGCAACAGGCCCAGCAACAAGCGCAGCAACAGGCUCAGCUCUCUCAGCUCGGACCUAGACCUCCAUUCAAUCCUGCGGGCCAAAUGGGAGCACCUCCUGGCUGGAAUCCGUUGCCCUCUGGCGUACUACAGCCCCCAGCAGCCCAAGGAGGCCCUGCUUGGAGAAAACUUCCCCCUCAAAACCAAAUGGUUCAACGCCCACCAUCACUAGCUACAGUUCAGACCCCCAAUCACCCUCCACCCCCAUAUCCAUUUGGGAGCCAGCAGGCUGGGCAGUUAUAUAAUGCAAUGGGACAAGGACAGUUACAGCAGCAACAGCCAGCAGGAAUGGGUCAGUUUGCUACGCCGCAACCUAAAGGCCAACAAGCUGGUCCUGGUGGUGUCACCGGACCACCCAGACCUCCACUACCCCUACCGUCAACGUCUGGACCACAGAGCAACAUCACUGCCAAGUCUCCUGGAUCAUCCUCAUCUCCUUUUCAGCAAGGUUCUCCAGGGACGCCUCCUAUGAUGGCUCAGAGACCCACAACUCCUCAGGGGUUCCCCCAGGGUGUUGGUUCACCAGGCAGAGCAGCUCUCAGCCAACAGGGUAACAUGCAGCAAGGAUUCAUGGGAAUGCCCCAACAUGUGCAGCCAGGUGCCCAAGUUCACCCGGGCAUGGGAAAGCGUCCCAUGGGCUUUCCAAACAUGAACUUUGUUCAAGGUCAGGUGAGUGCUGGCACUACAGGAACCCCUGUAGGCGGAGCUCCUCAGCAGCUGCAGAACAACCAAGGAAUAACUCACACAGGAGCCCAGCCAGCAGCUUCCACUCCUAACUCAAUGCAGGGACCACCCCAUGUUCAACCCAAUAUAAUGGCUGGACAAAGUACUAUGGCAGGUCCACCUCCUGGUACCACGGCUGGUGCUAGUAUGGGCCAGCAGCAGCCUGGCCUCCAGACCCAAAUGAUAGGCCUCCAGCAUCAGGCCCAGCCUGUGCCCUCCUCCCCCAGCCAGAUGGUUCAAGGCCAGGGUGGAGGUCAGACUGUCCUUUCAAGGCCCAUUGGUCAAGGGCAGAGAGGUGGGAUGACCCCACCUAAGCAAAUGAUGCCACAGCAAGGCCAGGGGGUGAUGCAUGGGCAGGGUCAGAUGGUUGGAGGCCAAGGGCAUCAGGCCAUGCUCCUGCAGCAGCAGCAACAAAACUCAAUGAUGGAGCAGAUGGUUGCCAACCAGAUGCAAGGAAACAAACAGGCGUUUGGUGGGAAGAUUCCACCUGGGGUUAUGCCUGGCCAGAUGAUGCGUGGCCCUUCACCCAAUGUUCCAGGUAACAUGCCUCAGUUCCAGGGCCAGGUUGGCCCACAACAGAUGACUCCACAGCAGCAGCAGCAAAUGGCUCAACUUCAGCAGCAGCAGUUACAACAACAGCACCAGCUGCAACAACAGCUACAACAGCAACACCAACAGAUGAACCAACAACAGCCUCAGCAGGUCCCAAUAGCUGGCAAUCCUAAUCAAAGUAUGGGCAUGCAUGGGCCACAGAUGAGACUCCCUGCUGGUCAUCAUCUCAUUCAACAACAGCAACAACAGUUACAACAGCAGUUUCAGCAACAAAAACAGCAACAAGCUAUGUUGCAGCAGCAGCAACAACAACAACAACAACAGGCAGCUCAGCAACAUCCACAUGUCAUUGGAGAUCCGAAUAGUGGGACAGGGGAAAUAGGCGUGCAGCAGAUGGUCCCUGAUAUGCAAGGUCAACAGCAGCAAGGCAUGAUGGGAGGCCCCCAGCACAUCCAGAUGGGUAAUGGACACUUUCCAGGUCAUGGCAUGAACUUCAACCCGCAGUUCUCUGGUCAGAUGCCGGUUGGAGGACCGUGUGGACAGCCUGGUGGUUUUCCCGUUAGCAAAGAUGUUACACUGACUAGCCCACUCCUGGUCAAUCUGCUGCAGAGUGAUAUUUCAGCAAGCCAGUUUGGACCAGGAGGAAAACAGGGGGCUGGUGGGGAUAAUCCAGCUAAACCUAAAAAGAAGAAACCACCACGAAAGAAGAAGCCUAAAGAGAGUGAUGGACAGCAGCAAGUGGAGGGACUUAGUGGUCUUGAUGGGGCUGUUGGCAUGGAAGAUGCUGAAUUACCAAAUCUUAGUGGGGAGCAGGGUUUGGGUUUGGAAAGCUCAGGCCAAAAACUCCCGGAUUUUCCUAAUAGGCCUGCAGGAUUUCCCAGCCAGACAGGAGAACAGAGAGUGCUGCAACAAGUACCCAUGCAGUAUAUACAACAGCAGCAGCAGCAACAACAACAACAACAACAGCAGCAGCAGCAGCAACAACAACAACAACAGCAGCAGCAGCAGCAACAACAACAACAACAGCAGCAGCAACAACAGCAGCAGCAACAACAGCAGCAGCAACAACAGCAGCAGCAACAUCAACAACAGCAGCAACAGCAACAGCAGCAGCAACAUCAGCAGCAGCAACAUCAUCAGAUGCAGCAAAUGCAACAGCAACAUCUACAGCAACAGCAAAUGCAGCAUCAGCAGCAAAUGCAACAUCAAAUCCAUCAGCAGCAAAUGCAACAACAACAGCAGCAGCAGCAGCAACAACAACAACAACAACAGUUACAACAAAUGCAGCAACAGCAGCAGAUAAUGCAAAUGCAGAGUCUUCAAAAUGCUCAAGCGCAGCAAGUGAUGCCGGGUUCACAGACUCCAGGUCAAAGUCAGCCACAGAUGCACCCACAUCAGCUGCAGCAACAGCAGCAGUUGCAGCAGCCCAGCCUACAACAGCAGCAACAACAGCAAAUGAUGAGGAUGCUAAAGAUGCAACAGGAGCAAUCCAAGAAUCACAUGCCCAUUCCCCCAGGAGGUCAACUCCCUCCUCGGAGUAUAGGCAAUCCAACAGAGGUGCAGAGGCAUCCUGUUUCGCAGCAGGCCAGCAUGCCUGUAAUGAUCAACCUUCAAGGCCACAGCAGUGUCCCACCAUCACCUGACAAAGCCAGGGGGAUUCCCCUAAUGGUGAACCCACAACUUUCUGGUGCUGCACGAAGAAUGUCUCAUCCAGAUGUAGGGCAGGGACCCCAAAGCAGUGGGUCUGAGGAAGUCUCCGCUGGUCCCCACACAAAACAAGACAGGCCUACUGGCUCAGAAAUUGGAGUGCAACCUGGAAAUGGGGCCCAACAGAGUUCCAACCCUCAAAUGAUGAAGCAAGGUCCCGGUCAAACACAGAUGCCUCAGCAUACUGGGGCCAGUCCUCAGCAGCAGUUAGCCCCUCAGCCUCAACAAGGAGGCCACAUGCCUGGCCUUCAUUUCCCCAAUGUACCGACAUCCUCACAGAGCUCAAGGCCAAAAACCCCAAACAGAGCAAGCCCUAGGCCCUACCACCAUCCCCUCACUCCAACUAAUCGGCCACCCAGCACUGAGCCCUCAGAAAUUAACCUUUCUCCUGAGAGACUAAACGCCUCCAUUGCAGGAUUGUUUCCUCCCAAAAUUAACAUUCCUCUUCCUCCAAGACAGCCAAACCUUAACAGGGGAUUUGACCAACAAGGUCUGAACCCAACAACUCUAAAAGCCAUCGGCCAGGCUCCACCUAGCCUAACUCUACCAGGCAACAACAAUAAUGGCAAUUUAGGAGGAAAUAACUCUAACAAUCAGCAGUCUGCUGGGGCUGGUGUAGGGGUUUUAGGUGCUAAGCAAGACAAACAGUCCGGGGGUCAGAAUAAGAGGGCUAGUCCUAGCAACAGCCGUAGGUCAAGUCCAGCCUCCAGUCGAAAGUCAGCCACUCCAAGUCCAGGAAGACAAAAGGCGACAAAAAAUACUAUAAAUUGCUCUCCUCACCAGCAGCAGAUGGUAAAUUCUCAAGGACAAACUGUGAUGCUGAGCCCUUCCUCAGUACCUCAGAGUCCAGUAUCUAUGCCUUCACAAGUCAGCGGAGGCAUAGAGACACAGCAGAGUCAGAGCUCCCUCCAUGGUAUUCAUGGAAAUCCUGUUGAUGGAUUUAGAGAAAAUCAGGGAGUAAUGCCACCAGAGCAGCGACAGAUACCCCAACCUCAAGCCCAGACACAGCAAUUCAGGGAGUUAUCAUCACCCAGAAUAACAAGUCCUCGUAUGCCAACACAUCAGGUUCCCAAACCUGAUGUCGAAAUGCAGGCUAACACAGCUGACAGACCCCCAAUACACCCAGCAACUGGACAGGACUCAGAGGUCUCACCUGCUCUCCGAGCAGCUCCAACAUCCCUUAACCAGUUACUGGAUAAUACAAAUAUUUUGAACAUGUCUCUUCGGCCUGCGCAAACAGGGAAUGACCACCACAAGUCUGUUCUGGAUCCAGAAAGGCCUUUAUCUUGCAAUUCUCAGAAUACAGAUAAAUCGACAUCUGUCGUUACUACGGCUGCUGGUGCUGCAAACGAACCUCUGGCUGUACCUAAAUCUGCUCUUAAUCCUACUAGUGGUUCUGCCUUGCCGAUUACUUCAAUUCCAAGCCCACACCCUCCCACUACUGUAAACUCCAGUACUACCAUGAGUCUUAAACAGAACCCAUUACCCAACCUUGUAAAUCAAAAUGUAAAUCCAGUGGCUACUCUUACCGGCUCAGUCUCCACCAACACUAAUACCAGUCCAGGUCUAAGCACCAGUACGCCUGUUUCCGGUCAAAACACUUCUGCCUCAACUGUUAGUGCCAGUUCUGCAGUAAAUCCUGCCACUUCAGCUGUUAAACCAAGCCCCAGUACAAAACCUGGGACAAGUGUUCAGUCAGUCAUACAGAUUCCUGCGUCAUCAAGUAACAUUUCCCCCAACCAGAUAACAGUGUUUGUAACAUCAAACCCCAUUACAUCUGCCCCCACCUCACAAGUACCUACAUCUAUGGUAAGACCUCAGGACCUCCGGCAUCAGAGCUCUGGCCCUCGACCUGCACAGUUUAUCACCACUACGCCUGUAUUUAUUAACCCAAUUUUCCAGGUCCCAGCUUCUUCUAUGGCUCCCAAUUCAACAGUCGUAUCACAGUCGGUUACCAUGGUGGGUUCCCUACAAGUGUCGGCUGGUAACAUCCAUCUUUCUCAUGCUUCAAGCUCCUCACACACCACAGGGGCUACAAUGACAAGUGCUCUGUCUAAUAGGAGUGGUGUUGGACAGGUCCACAUAGCCACUAGUAUGUCCUCAUCAGGGCCAAUAAGUACUCUCUUGGCUCCUCAGCAAUUUAACCAAGGAGGUAUCAAAACAGAAACUUCAAGUGAGGCAAGUUCCUCUCAGAAAUCUGCUCUCCCAGGCCAUCAGCCUUCUCCCCACCCGGGCCCUUCUGUAUCGACUUUUUUUCAGCCACCUCUGGCUUCUCCACCUCCUUGCUCCAGUCCUAUGGCUGUUAACCCCAUUCGAAAGAGUCCCGUGCCUCCAUCCCCUACAGCCCAAAUGAAAAUAAUGCCCACAUCAGCCACUGUAUCUGUUUCUGGCAAAGGUGACUCCCAGCAAAGUACAGUAGAAAGGCCUCUACAAGGGCAUAAAGGGGGCAUCCCACAACAAGUCUUUCUUCCUCCUGCUAGUCAGACUGAAGCACAAACUCCCCAUACUAUUGUUGUUAGUACAAAUAAUCCCUCUGUAGUUCCUUCUCAAAUCUCUUGUCAAGUUACAGUUCCUACUCAGAUUGUUGGUCAGGCUCCUGCACCCGUAGCAGCUUCAGUCCCAAAUCAGCCACUGCCUGUAAAAGCUCAAGGUCCUGUUGUGACUGUAGCUGGCACUGGGGUUUCUCCCAGUACUUUGCUCUCUGCAAUCCCUCCCAUACAAUCUUCUGUAACAUCUGUUCUACCAAUUGUUGCAUCAAGCGGACCUGGUGAGGGUUCCCACAGCACCUCUUCUCCACCUGGUAUUGCCAGCGGAGUCCCAGCAAGCCAGUCAGAUGCCCCAGCUGCAGAGCCUUCAAUGACGUCGGCAACAGCACCUGCUGAAUCCACUCAGACCAUCCCAGCACCUCUUCAGCCAGAAGCUUCACAGGAACCCACCUCGACUGAGAAGACGGGUGAAGACACCUCAACCGGUUCUGAGCAAGGAUGGGCAAAGAAAAGAAAGACGCCCAUCAACAUAGUCCCAAGAGCUGCUGUGGAGAAGCCCAAGGGGCCAAGCAGACGGAGCUCCCGAGCUGAGAAGGAGGUGGAGGAGGAGCCAGCAGUAGACAGUGGCAGGAAGAGAUCAGCCAGGCCUGGAACGAGUGCUGCAGUUAAAGAAACCGCUGCGAGCCCGACCCAAGCUAAACGAAGGAAGUCUAAAUAGACACAACAGUGGUUGUUUACCUGUGAACUUUACUGUAAAUGUUUUUGUUUUCUGCUGUGAAUCAGUUCACGUUAGUUUCUCUGGCUCAGUUUAAAACUCCCAGUAGAGGAAGAUACUAUGUACAGAUUGUUUUAAGGAAAAAAUGAAGCUAUUGUUUUGUUGAAGCUUAUAUGUGUGAUUGUAGCUAGAAUGUGUGCAUACAGUUUGUGUGAAUGUGCUUUUUUUUUCUAUAACAUGCUGGAUUAAUCAUGAAGAUUGAUAAUGAAACUCACCAUUUACUGUAUGAUUAAGUUGUAAAAUGGAAUAAAAUUUUCUACUGCUUUUGUUCUGUGACAUGA